AUGAAAAAACUUUUAUCUGAAUGCGAGCUAGGUGACCGACGGCCCACACAACUUUUACGGGAGCUGAGUGGUCUCGCCCGAGACAGAAUAAGCAACGAGUUUCUCAAAUCCCUUUGGCUUCAGCGUUUGCCCCCUCAGACUCGCGCUAUCCUUCAGGCAUCCACAUCUGAACUGCCCGAACUGGCCAAAUUAGCUGACAAAAUCAUGGAAGUCAGCGAUCACAACCACGUGGCAAUGGCAACGAGGUUAGAAACACAGGUGGAGCCUACGAGUGAAUCCAGCCGUAUUGAGCGAAUAGAGAGGCAGCUCGAUCAACUGCAGCGUAAACAAUCUAGGCCAUCUGCAAAACGGCCUUCUUCAAAAUUUACAACGAAAAAAUCAGCUCCUGGUGAAUUCUGCUGGUUUCAUACGAAAUUCGGCCGCAAUGCACAAAAAUGUCGCGACCCUUGCGGUUUCAAUUCGAAGUCAAAAAACUAA